GCCCUAUACUGGGACUUUCGAAUGCAUUAGGAAUAUAUUUGAAGCUAGAGAGAGCACAUGCCGCCGUCAGCAGGCUUGGCCACUGAGAGCUUGCCGGCGGCGACAUGCCCGGCCAAGAAGGAUGCCUAUGCCGCGGCGGCGUCGCCGGAGUCCGAGACGAAGCUGGCCGCCGGCGACGAGAGGGCGCCGCUCGUCCGGACGACUCGCAUCUCGACAACUACCAUCAAGUUAUACAGGCUCACCAUCUUUGUUCGCAUCGCCAUCUUCGUGCUCUUCUUCAAGUGGAGAAUCACCUACGCUGCUCGCGCCAUCAGCUCCACCGACGCCGGCGGCAUCGGCAUGAGCAAGGCGGCGACAUUUUGGACGGCGUCCAUCGCCGGCGAGCUCUGGUUCGCGUUCAUGUGGGUGCUCGACCAGCUGCCCAAGACGAUGCCCGUCCGGCGCGCCGUCGACGUCACGGCGCUGAACGACGACACGCUGCUCCCGGCGAUGGACGUGUUCGUCACCACCGCCGACCCCGACAAGGAGCCGCCGCUCGCCACGGCGAACACCGUGCUGUCCAUCCUCGCCGCGGGCUACCCCGCCGGCAAGGUGACGUGCUACGUCUCCGACGACGCCGGCGCGGAGGUGACACGCGGGGCGGUCGUGGAGGCGGCCCGGUUCGCGGCACUGUGGGUGCCCUUCUGCCGGAAGCACGGCGUCGAGCCGAGGAACCCGGAGGCGUACUUCAACGGCGGCGAGGGUGGCGGUGGUGGCGGCAAGGCGAGGGUGGUGGCGAGGGGGAGCUACAAGGGGAGGGCGUGGCCGGAGCUGGUGCGCGACAGGAGGCGGGUGCGCCGCGAGUACGAGGAGAUGCGGCUGCGGAUCGACGCGCUGCAGGCCGCCGACGCGCGCCGCCGGCGCUGCGGCGCGGCCGAUGACCACGCCGGAGUUGUGCAGGUACUGAUCGAUUCUGCUGGGAGCGCGCCACAGCUCGGCGUCGCGGACGGGAGCAAGCUCAUCGACCUCGCCUCCGUCGACGUGCGCCUCCCGGCGCUUGUGUACGUGUGCCGCGAGAAGCGCCGCGGCCGCGCACACCACCGGAAGGCCGGCGCCAUGAACGCGCUGCUGCGCGCAUCCGCCGUGCUCUCGAACGCGCCCUUCAUCCUCAACCUCGACUGCGACCACUAUGUCAACAACUCGCAGGCCCUCCGCGCCGGCAUUUGCUUCAUGAUCGAACGCCGCGGCGGCGGCGCCGAAGACGCCGGCGAUGUCGCGUUCGUCCAGUUCCCGCAGCGGUUCGACGGCGUCGAUCCCGGCGACCGCUACGCCAACCACAACCGCGUCUUCUUCGACUGUACCGAGCUUGGCCUCGACGGCCUCCAGGGCCCCAUCUACGUCGGCACCGGCUGCUUGUUCCGCCGCGUCGCGCUCUACGGCGUCGACCCACCGCGCUGGAGAUCGCCCGGCGGCGGUGUCGCCGCGGACCCUGCCAAGUUCGGCGAGUCGGCGCCGUUCCUAGCCUCCGUUCGGGCGGAGCAGAGUCACAGUCGCGACGACGGCGACGCCAUUGCCGAGGCGAGUGCGCUCGUGUCGUGCGCGUACGAGGACGGGACGGCGUGGGGCAGGGACGUCGGCUGGGUGUACGGCACCGUGACGGAGGACGUGGCCACGGGCUUCUGCAUGCACCGGCGAGGGUGGCGCUCCGCCUACUACGCCGCCGCGCCCGACGCGUUCCGCGGCACGGCGCCGAUCAACCUCGCCGACCGCCUCCACCAGGUGCUCCGCUGGGCGGCGGGCUCCCUCGAGAUCUUCUUCUCCCGCAACAACGCACUCCUCGCCGGCGGCCGCCGCCGCCUCCACCCGCUGCAGCGCGCCGCCUACCUCAACACGACGGUGUACCCGUUCACGUCGCUCUUCCUCAUGGCCUACUGCCUCUUCCCGGCGAUCCCGCUCAUCGCCGGCGGCGGCGGCUGGAACGCCGCGCCGACACCGACGUACGUCGCGUUCCUGGCGGCGCUGAUGGUGACGCUCGCGGCGGUGGCCGUGCUGGAGACGAGGUGGUCGGGGAUCGCGCUGGGUGAGUGGUGGCGGAACGAGCAGUUCUGGAUGGUGUCCGCGACGAGCGCGUACCUCGCCGCGGUGGCGCAGGUGGCGCUCAAGGUCGCGACGGGGAAGGAAAUAUCGUUCAAGCUGACCUCGAAGCAUCUCGCGUCGUCGGCGACGCCGGUCGCCGGUAAGGAUAGGCAGUACGCGGAGCUGUACGCCGUGAGGUGGACGGCGCUGAUGGCGCCGACGGCGGCGGCUCUGGCAGUGAACGUGGCGUCGAUGGCGGCGGCGGGUGGUGGUGGCCGGUGGUGGUGGUGGGACGCUCCGUCGGCGGCGGCGGCGGCGGCGGCGGCACUCCCGGUGGCGUUCAACGUGUGGGUGGUGGUGCAUCUCUACCCGUUCGCGCUCGGGCUGAUGGGUCGCCGGAGCAAGGCGGUGCGCCCCAUUCUGUUCCUGUUCGCCGUCGUCGCCUACCUCGCCGUCCGCUUCCUUUGUCUCUUGUUACAAUUCCAUACGGCUUAAAGGCAUUCUUAAUUUCGACCCUACAAUUACAGAAUUACUACUUUUCACUCACUAGGAAUUAAGCUGGAAUUCACGAAGCUAAAUGGUAUAGAUAUUUGGGGUGUUACACUUUUAACCCAUGUUGCUCAUUGUUUCUUUUCUCUAUGGUGUUACAAGAUGUUACGAGCAAGUUUAAUAGUAUAGCAAACUACUAGCUUCAAUUUA